UUUACGUAACCUAUAAAAUCGGCACAAUUGCAAAGUUGUUUACAAAAAGAACAAUAUCAAAAACAUCACAUUGUAAAUAUAAAUAUUUCUGUUAGUAAUUAUGAUUAAGGUGUUCUAAUAAUAAAAUUUUUUGAAGACAUUUGAGAAGAUUUACAUUAUAAUUAAUAAAAUUGACUAAACGGUUGAGUUACAAUAUGGAAUCAAGAACUGAAUUUAAAAUUAAGAACCCACCAACGGAUGCAAUCUCUGCAGUCGAAUUCGGUCCGAAUUCAACACAAUUUCUUUUAGUAUCGUCAUGGGAUUCCACUGUUCGGCUUUAUGAUAUUCACACCAAUUCUAUGAGGUUAAAAUAUAGUCAUGAUGAUCUUCCAGUACUAGAUGUUGCCUUCCAGGAUGCUGUACAUGCCUACAGUGGUGGCUUAGGAAAUACGUUAAAAAUGUAUGACAUAAAUGCUAAUGCAGAAACAUUAAUGGGUACACACGAUAAAGCAAUAAGAAAAAUAGAAUAUUGUUCAUCAGUGAAUGCCAUAUUAACUGGUGGAUGGGAUGCGGCUGUUAAGUUAUGGGAUCCCAGAACGCCUACAUGUGUUGGUACUUACUUACAACCUGACACUGUAUUAGCAUUGUCGGUGUGUGGAGAUAAAUUUGUUGUUGGAACAGCGAAACGUAAAGUUUGCAUUUGGGAUUUAAGAAAUAUGGCUGGAAUGUUUCAAAGACGAGAGAGUAGUCUGAAAUAUCAAACUAGAUGCAUUAAAGGAUUUCCUAACGAACAGGGAUAUGUUUUAAGUAGUAUUGAAGGUAGAGUAGCAGUAGAAUACCUCGAUACGACUCCUGAAGCACAAAAGAAAAAAUAUGCAUUUAAAUGUCAUCGAAUUAAAGAAAAUGGUGUUGAAAAUAUUUAUCCAGUAAAUGCAAUCAGUUUUCAUAAUACUUAUAACACCUUCGCGACAGGAGGAUCGGAUGGUUAUGUCAAUAUUUGGGAUGGUUUUAAUAAAAAGCGUCUUUGUCAAUUUCAUAAAUACAAUGCGGGAGUUGCAGCAUUAUGCUUCAGUCAUGACGGUUCAGUUCUAGCUAUCGGCGUAUCAUUUCUUGAUGUAGAGGAAACAACACCAAACGUUCAAGAUGAGAAAGAAAUUUAUAUCCGUUAUGUAAAUGAUCAAGAAACUAAGCCAAAAUAAGUGUGUAAAAAACGAAUAAAUUAAUUUUAAGUACCGUUUUUAAUAUAUAAAAUAAUUUUUGUAAUUUAUUUAAGCUAGUGUGAAACAAUUUUUUUCGACACUGGACAUAAUUUUAAC